CUUUUUUCUUCCAAAUCCAUCAUCGCGUCUCGAGUUCACCCUACGGUUUUUCUCGUCUUCGUAUGUGUCUCGUCACGUCUAUAUCAGCUCUCAACAGUCUGCUGGCCUGAAGUAGGAGACAACAGGGAAAUUGUGGGAAUGUGACUGUAGGACACAGAACCACGGCGCAUCAAACAUUCAAGCUAUCCGACUAUGCUAUUCAAUCGAAGUCAGACCUUACUCGCCUUCAGGUCAUCCAAGAAGCUGCUCGGGUCCACCUUUGUUCCAGGAAUGGGGAUAUUCUACAUAAAAAAAGUCGAGGCCAGACUACUUUCAUUAUAUCCAUAUUUCACAAGGUUCGCCACAUUCAAGACAAGGCAUCAAACUUCAUAUACGGCGUAAUCACACGACCUGCUUUUAACAUAUCUUCGAACCCACAGGUGCCGAGAUCUAUGUCACCGGAUGAGUAUGGUCUGCUUGGUUUUUUUAAUCAUCGGCAACCUCCACUAGAAGAGUGAAUUCAUGGACAGUCCUUAUAAGUGACUCGGAAGGUCGAACUAACUAUCCUAUCCAACAUGGCCACUAUCUCACCUGUCGACGUCUUCACUCUCGGUGCGGAUUCGGUGUAUCUCAAAGCGCGAUCUUUGCCCACCGCGCCAGAUGGCCAGUACGAUGCCAAAAUCACCUCAGAAGCCAGUGGUCCUGGUGCGAGCCAAGACCACUCGCCGUUGACGAACGUUAUCCGCGAUGUGCAAGCUCAGAUCUCCAAGGGACCUAUCACUGCUGAUCCCACUGUCGUAGCCGGCUUCCUCGACACAGUAAUCAAUCCGGAUUCUGUUGAUGACCGUAAAGGAGCGUUCGCCGCCGGCUUAACACUGUUGUCACGGUUACCUCCAGACAGUGAUGUUGCAAAGAACAUGUCUAAUUCGGCCAUCGGAAUGUUGUACAACACCAUUCCUCACCCCAUUGAGACUCUCCUCACCCCGGUGUACACGUACCGUCAAGCCGACGGGGGGAAUAAUAACCUUCUGGCCCCGGAUAUAGGACGUGCAGGUAUACCGUAUGCAAGGAGCGUUCAAGGGAAAUGGUGCUUGGCUCCGACUGCACUUCCUGAUCCCGAGCUUGUCUUCGAAACGCUGUUGAAGCGUCGGAAGAUAACCCCACACCCGAACGGGAACUCCAGUCUCACUUUUGCUUUUGCUACCCUUGUCACUCACAGUUUGUUCCGGUCCGAUGUGAAGGACUGGAACGUCAACGCGACGAGCUCGUACUUGGAUCUUAGUCCUUUGUACGGAAUCAAUCAAGCAACACAAGAUCAAGUACGGGACAAGGCUGCCGGCCGGGGUCUUCUAUAUCCGGAUACGUUCUCCGAAGAGCGCCUUCUUUUCCUUCCGCCGGCAUCCAGCGCUUUACUUGUGAUCUUAUCAAGAAAUCAUAACUACAUCGCUGACAGGCUUCUGAAAAUCAACGAACGGGGACGCUGGACAGAUCCACCGCCUGAAGACCCCACUGCUCGUGCCAAACAGGAUGAGGAAAUCUUCCAGACUGCCCGCUUGAUCAACGGUGGGCACUUUAUGAGUUUGAUUAUGGGAGAUUACGUUGCUGGUUUCUUGGGUCUUUCGGAAGGAAACGCGUGGAACAUGAAUGCUUUCGACCCCAUCAAAGAUAAAAACGGUAACCCAGUCAGCCGAGGUGAAGGGAACCACUGUAGCGUUGAGUUCAACGUUCUGUAUAGGUGGCACGCAACCAUUUCUCAAGCGGACGAAACGUGGAUCAAUGACUUUUUCAACAAAACAUUCGACAAACCUCUCGAAACGCUGACAGUCUCCGACUUUGGGCAAGGGUUUCUCAAGACAAUUGCCGACCUCAAUCCGGACCCUAGUAAGCGUGAAUUUGCAUGGUUGAAACGGGGUCCCGAUGGCAAGUUUUCCGACGAUGACCUUGCCAAGGUCCUUCAAGAUGCGACCGAGAAUGUCGCAUGUUCUUACGGCGCACGAGGGACGCCCGCUUCACUGAAAGUUAUUGAAACCAUGGGAAUAAAGCAAGCUCGACAGUGGGGGGUGUGUACGAUGAACGAGUUUAGGAAAUGGCUUGGUCUUAAACAAUUCAAGACGUUUGAAGAGUGGAAUCCAGAUCCCGCCAUCGCAGGCGCGGCUCGCCAACUCUAUAAACACGUCGAUAACCUCGAGCUCUACACCGGUCUUCAAUGUGAGGCUAUCAUGCCUCUUUCAGGAGGUCUUCGGUUCGCCUGCGGAUACACGACUACGAGAGCCGUGCUUAGUGACGCCAUUGCCCUGAUUCGUGGAGAUAGGUUCUAUACCACCGCAUUCACUCCUGCCAAUUUGACGACAUGGGGAUACCAGGACUGCCUUAGGGAUCCUAACAACGGUGGACUCGGGGGCGAGAUGCCUAAACUUCUAAUGCGCCACUUGCCUCGCCAUUAUCCAUAUAACUCCGUUUACGGCUGUUACCCCUUCUUCACACCAACGAAAAUGAAAGAAUCUCUUACACGCCAAGGCAAAGCUGCUCAAUACACCUUUGACCGACCUCAACCUGCCGUUCCGGUGCAAGUGUUGAACACAUUCACGGGAAUCAAUUAUGUUUUCAACAACUCUACGCAGUUCCCGGUUGUUUAUGAUAUGAAGGGACUUGGGAAUGGGUAUGGGUUCAUGUUGACGUUUGAUCAGGCUGCCAAGCACGAUGCGGAUAAGAAUCUUGCACUGCACGCUUUAUUCCCGGCCAAAGAUUCUCUUGACAAAUACUGCAAGUGGUAUCGAGACGGCGUUACGCAGAGGAUAACCAGCAAAUCCUUCACUUAUGAUGGGGUUCCGGGGAAGUUUGUGGAUAUUGUGAAUGAUGUCGUUAACAAUGCUGCUAUUCAUUGGGCUGCUGAUCUCCUCUGUGGCCUCGACGUGAAGACAAAGGCUAACCCGCUCGGAAUGUACACUGAGCAGGAGGUGUAUGAUAUGUUUACGUCAAUGUUCACACUCAUUUUCCUGGCAAUCGGCGAAAACGAACAUGGCUUCUCGUUACGCCAGAAAGUCUUCCAAGCUGGUGGAGUUGUACAAGCCAUGGUGGCAAAAUCUAUUGUGGAAUGUGCACCGAAAAGCGCUGCAUCUACCAAUAUCUUCCUCGGUGCGAUAUCUACUGUUACGAACACAGUUGAAGGUGUGAUUAGCAGCAGACCUUGUGCUCCGUUCUUGCAGAAGCUUGCCGACACUGGGCGUCCCGUUAACGAGCUCGUAGCGACGGUCGUAGGAUUGGCGGUUGGCUCUUCGGUUAAUUAUGCUCAAGCCGCGGUCCACGUCAUCGACUUUUACUUUGAUGAUGAACGUGCUGCGGAGCGAGCGAAAGUUGUUGCGUUGGCGAAAGCGACUGAUGCUGCAAGUUUGGAAACUCUUCGUGGAUACGUUCGCGAGGCUAUGAGAUUGAACCCUCAAGUCACCGGUCUUUAUCGAGAUGUUCUCGCGGACGCGUCUAUCCCACAAGGAAAUGGCCUUCCUAAUCUCAAUGUCAAAAAAGGGGAUAGGCUAUUCGGAAGUUUGAAGAAUGCUCAUUUGAAUCCGGCAGAUUUCCCGAACCCCACAACAGCUGAUCCAACACGCCCUGCGUCCUCAUAUUCCUACAACGGAACGGGAUUCCACAAGUGUCUCGGGAUCGCGUUUGCCGAACAGACGAUCACUGAGAUCGUCAAGGUUGUUUUCGGGUUGAAGAACGUCCGAAGGGCGGCUGGAAAUGAUGGGAAACUGCUUGGGUUUACUGAUAUACAGAAUGGGACACCUACCAAGGUGUAUCUCACGGACUAUGGAACCACUUCGCCCUGGCCUGGUUCGAUGUAUUUGACGUACGAUGCCUGAAAAAUUGAAUAAAUCCGAAAUUUGGACCAACUUGGUUUGACCCGCUC